AAAGAAUGGACUAAAAGAAAUUAAUAUGGCUGUAAUGAGGAGACGCAAGUUGGUUCUAGUUUUCAGUUUUGGAUUCAUAGCAUUCUCUGUAGUAAUUCUCACCACGUACUAUACGACCCAACAACACAGGAUUCUUGUUAUUGGCGACGGACCCCUUUUAGUCAACGAAGCUGAUUUUGGCGAUAGUCUUCGUGGUGGAGAAAAUGCAAACGUCGAUCUCUUCGACAGAUUCGUUAAUGCAGAUUUUAUAGAAAACGACGAGAUUUCACUUAGAAGUGUUGAGGCCAAGAUGGCGGCAAGGACUAAACAAGUAAGAACAGUAUGCACCAAGAUGAAAGAGAAGAAUUUAUCACCUCCAAACCAACCACUGUAUCAACAUGAGGAUCUUAAACAUUUAAUUUAUAACAAAGACCAUCAAGUAUUAUAUUGUUAUUUACCAAAAGUUGCCAAUACAAACUUCCGUCGUGUUUUUCUUGGUUUACAAGGAAUUGUUCCAAAACCGGAAGUACCCAGCAUAAGCGGUUAUGAGAUAUAUUUUAAAUAUGAUAAGACGUUUAAACAUUUGAAUUCAUUAAAACCUCUUGAGCAGUCACAAUUACUACGCCAGUAUAAAAAGUUCCUGGUUGUAAGGAACCCGUUAGAGAGGCUUCUUUCAGGAUAUAGAAAUAAAUUCUUUCACCCAAAUGAGCGCCACAAGGCUGAAUAUCAUGACAAAGUUACUGCUUUUUACGGGCUUCAUCCUCAUCUGAGGAGAAGGAACAAUGUGCGUGUUGAUUUCAAUUCCAAAGAAAUGACUUUUGAAGAAUUUCUUUUGUACUUCACGGAUGUAUAUGAAGUAAAUGAAUAUCUUAAUGAACAUUUUGUGCCAUCAAAUCAGCUAUGUAAUCCAUGUAACGUUAAAUAUGAUUAUAUUGGUAAAUAUGAGUCAUUAAACAAUGAUGUCAAAUAUAUAUUUGAACGUUUGAACAUUGAUAUUGAUUUCCCAGGAAGAAAUGAUAAUUAUUCUUCAGUGUCAACGAGUACACUUGUAGAGGAAUUUUACAAACCAAUUCCUGACUGGCUGCUACAGAAAACGUGGGAAAUAAUGAAAUUUGAUUUUUUGGUGUUUGGUUAUCAUUUGCCAGAAUGGUACAGAGAAAAGUUAAAGAAAGGAUAAAUUUUAAAGACAUUUUAGAUCGUCUACACUUUAGUCACUUGUUAUAAACUGCACUUAGGUGUGUGACAGAAUUUAGACAAGAAAAUAUUAACUUAUUUUAGAAAGUGUCUACUUUUCAAUGUGAUAUGAUUUUUUUUUAUCUUACCUUAUGUCUGUACUUUUUUACCUAUAUUUUUGCUUUGCUAAAAUAAAUAUUUAAAAUAACAACGGCAAUUCUAGAUGAUGUUU